AUGGGGAUGUCAUCGGACGAGCUUUUCAAAUGUUAUCCGUGGGGUCCGGGGCACCGCUUGGCCGCCGAUGCGAACGUGUACGAGUUCAGUUUCACGCUCGAGCCGAUCGAGAUUUUGGGUGACCUCCUCUCGCCCCUGGGUCUUGACGAGAACGAGGGUUUCAACCUACGCAGUUUUGGACGCAUCGAUUCUUACUCUGGGGAGCCGGCGACGCACCAGUCGGCCUUUGUUUUGACCGAGUACGAGUCCAGUUUCACGCUCGAUUCGCUCGAAUUCUUAGACACGAACCUCCCCCCGUCCAUGGGCUCGGCCAGGUACGAGGAUUUCGACACGAAUGACUCUUGGGGCCCGCUCUACGGAGGGGGCGGCAAAGGCGGCAGCAGGACCUCGCAGCGGGUUCGGACCGACAAGUCCCAGAUUCAGGACCAGCUCAUCGCCCUCGCGACGGCCGUCGCUGAGCUGCAGCGUGCGCAGAUGGGCGCCCGCACCGCGCCGAAGGCUGGUCGUGUCGAGGCGCGGCCUUCAAAGCCCACCACCACUCGCCCUAGGCGCCAGAGGCGGCAGAGGGAGGGCAUCCCGAUCGUCGCCAAGCUGCGCUCCCUGCCGUCAGUCGCGGACGGCGGCAUGAACGUCACGCAGACCCAGGUCAUCUCCAAGCUCCGGGAGGUCAUCUCGACUUUCACUCCGGGAGCGUCGCCCUCGGCGCGGGACGCGCCCGAGGCUCCCCCAGAGAAAGAGCCGCCCCAGGUCAGGGCGCGUCUUUUGCAGGGCCCCUGGGGACAGGCCAAGAUCGUCACUUCCAGCGCGGUCCGGGCCUCCCUGGAGCAGUCCACCGAGCCCAUGGUGAUCCUGGCGGCCACCCGCGCGGAGCACGAGCAGUGCGAGCGCGCGAGGAAGGCCCUCGGGAACCGCCAGAACAUCACCUACGUCGUCUUGGACAGCAACGGCCCCGACUCGGUCCUCCUCGAGGGCCGGCGCGGCCCCCGCUCCGCCAAGGCCAACAUCACCUACCUCAGCGAGUCCGCGCCGAGGUGCGCUGGGCUCCACGCGGCUAUGAAGGGCGACGAGCCCGUCCCAGCCACCAAGCUGAAGCCGGCCAAUUUUCGGAUCACGAUCUCCGCGGAGACCACCCCCGCCCUUGUCCUCGGGGACGUCCUCGCAGAGCGCGCGCUGCGUACCCGAGGUGCCAUCGCCUACGACGCGGAGGUCACAUGCAUCGUCUCGACGACCGAGGCCAACGCUGCCGAUUUCCGGGCCACAUCUUGCACCGCCCCCACGGAACAGCCCAACUGGGAGUCGCUGGCGCCGCUGGGGUACAUCCUGGAGAGGCCGACGCCAUCAAAUGGCAUGUGCAGAACGCAAGAAUUCACCACCUGGGCCACGGAGCGCGGCUUCCAGAACGUCGCCAACGCAGCCAGAGCAGGCGCCCGUGCGCGAACCUUCUUCGGGGACACGCCGGCGGGCGUCGUGGCCACAGUCCACGCCUUCAAGUCCGGGGCCGUCGCGUCUCGGGCUUUCUCGAAGAACGGCGCCCCCGCCAAGGCCGCCCGCCAGGCGACCAGCGGGGAGGCCCGCCAACGCGGCGCCCUCAACAAGCACGCCAAGGGCGAGAACGGCAAGCCAGUCCCGGCUGGCCCGUCCGCCCCGCCUUUCACUAAGUUCUUCAACGUCCGAGCCUGCGGCGCCGGCGGGGACUGCAUGCACAUCGCCGUCGCAAAGGGGCCGGCCGCCAUCGCGCCGUCCAGAUGCACCCCGGCCGCCGACGACUUCGAGCCCAGCGGCCGGCCCCAGGGCAAUCUCCGCCUUGCUGCGCAGGAGGAGGCCCUCAAGAAGACGUUCAAGGCGACCACGGCGGACGCCGACAAGAUCGGCACUACAGGAACGCCUGCCUCCCCCCUGGCCGCGCGGCUGCUCGCAAAGCGGCUGAACGUCGACAUCUACGCGCGGCCCCGUGCACCGGGCGCGGAGCAGUGGGUGCUCUACGGCCGGGAGACGACCGAGCACCGCCAGGCCCUCGAUUGCUGGCGCGAGAAGGCCCUGGGCUACCCGACCAGCGGCCUGCAGGGAAAGGGCCGCUCGCACGAUCCCGACGCCGCGUCCAUCCUGGGCAUUCCGGCCCCAUCCAGCAGGGCCGCCUCAAGCCGCGCGCCGGCGCCGCGUCUCGACCCCGAGGCCAUGUCCAUCCUGGGCAUUCCCGCCCCUCCAAGCACGGCAGCCGCCAGCCGUGCCCCCACGCGCCGCCCCGCGGCUGCCACCUCCAGGGGGGCCCGAAGCAUCCCUGGCAUCCCCGCCGACAACCCAGACGAUGAGAUGCCAGUUGCCUACGCCAAAGGCGACUACCUCAAGUGCCCCUGCGGCCAGUGGGCGCCACCCGCCCCCCCCGCCCACCUCUCGGGGAGCCAAGCCUCAGCCUGGCAGUGCAGCAAGGCCACCGCCCACUGGCGGGAGUGCCAGGGCGCCGCCCCUCCCAGGCUGAAAGACCAGCCCGGCAGCGUCAGCCGCCGCGCCAUUCAAGCAAGCUUUUGGGCCCGGCCUGCCUUUCGCGAGGCCCGCCGCGCGAAGCUUUUUGCAGCGCACUUGAAAUGGAAGGCGGCCUUGCCGGCGAGCGCCCAGCCGGGUGCGUGCAGCCCCGAUGAGCGCACGCUUUCCUCCAAGGUCCUCAAGCGCGGGGGCAUCCAGCACCACUACACGUGUUCUACAUGCAGCAAAAGUACUCACCUGACCCAGUUCAGGAACUACCCAUGCAGGGCCUGGCCUGCCACCAUGACGCGCCUCUCCAUGCUCGCGGCGAUGCGCGGAGAGGAGGCCGCCAACAGGGUCCACCAGGCGGAGAGCGCAAGCCGCAAGCGGCUUGCCAAGACCUACGCUACCAGCCGGAAGGAGCUCUACAAGAUUCGCUACGCCGACCCCGAGCAGCGGAAGACGAAGCAGCUGAAGGACAAGAUCCGCUUCGCGAAGUACCGCGCCGACCAGAAGCACAUCGCCCUCCAGAAGCGCCUGAGCCAGGAGCGCCGCACGGCGAAGAUCGCAAAGAAGCGCUGGGCGGCACUGCCAUUUUAUGGCGCCCAUCUCUUGGGCGCGUUGCUGUUCAUCCUGCCGCUUCCCAUCGUGAAGUUGCUUCGUACCAAGCUGGGAGUUUUUACAUCUGGGCAUGGGCCAGCUGCAGUGCGCUCCGACCCCUGGAUGGAGGAAGUCGUCAAUUUCACAUCCACCGUGGCUCGUGGUACUCCGCCGGUGCCGUGGUGCAUCGCUGGCGACCUGAACUGGCGCCCCUCCUACGUCGACGCGCUGCCGACGCACGCCGCCCUGUGUGCCGCAACUACGCCUACGACCCUAGCAGGGGCCUCUCCUACGCGAGCCGUGGGGGCCGGCGUCGAGCUGAAGCUUGAGAGCGUCGCCUUCCCCCCGCUCAUUCCUCAUGACGGGCUGGUGAUCUUCUCUGCGCAGGUCGCCGCCCCGUCGGCGCAGGCAACGCGAAUGCGCCGCACUACACGGUUCACGCUCGACCCGGGCACCAUCCUGCUGGCGAGCGACACCGAGGAGCUGCAGAGCCACAUGGGCGCCUCCCUGCCGGCCUGCCCAGCCGCCGCCCCUCUCCCGGAGAGGGUGGCCACGACUCCAGCGGCGCGGCCCGCCGAGCCGAUGGAGCUGGUACGCCUGAAACGCCUUGGUCGCCGCGUUGCCCCCCAGCUCCGCGACCAUGCAGACGAGCUCAUCGCUGGCCCUCUUCUGCGCCAGUACGUGGACUCGGCCCUCCGGGGCCGGUUGACAGCUGGCCCGAAUAGCCGGCCGACGCACGCAGAGGCGCGCGGCAAGAUCUCGAAGGCCAUCUCCGCGAUCCAGCGGGACCUGCUCAGAGAUCGCCGCUCCGAGUGGCGCCGCCUCUCCCAGCACUUCACGACGGACACGUGGAGGGCCGCCACUGAAGAGGUUCAUGGGCCCUCCGAGUGUCCCAGUUUCAACGCCGAGGACAUGGCGGAGGAGUGGAAGCGAGUGUGGGCCCCGUCAGACCCCAACUACGACGAGCAGAGGCGCGCGGCCAGGUGGGAGCAGCACGCCUCGGAGGCGCGCGAGCCCUUGCCGAAGACCGCCAACGCCUACGACGAGGCCAAAGGCAGCGCAGGCUAUGACGGUUGGCACUCUAGCGAGCUCAAGCUGAUCUCCGAGCAUUUCGAAUUCUUGCUUUUCGAACUCUACACGCUACGGCGGGACACCUGCGAGACCCUCCUGCGGGCCUGGCUCACAGCUUGCGAGCCCAGCCUGCCCACGCCACAGGGCGCUCAGUUCGCCUGCAAACCGGGCUCCACGGUGGUCCACGCCUGCUGCUUGUGGCUGCACGCCUGCCAGCACGGCUCGUGCGGACUGGAGCGCGACCUGUCCAAGUGCUACGACAACGUGCCGCAUGCGGUGGCAGACGCGGCGCUCCGCAACGCCCAGACGCCACGCCGAGUGCGGGCGGUGACUAACGCUGCCUGGCGGGGCCCUCGGAGGUGCCAGGUGGCGGGAGAGCUGGCCAGUGAGACACUCUGGCCUACGCGCAGCCUCGCUCAAGGGGACAGCACGGCGCCGAAGGUCCUGUGCCACGCACUUUCCCCCUGGGAGAUCAACGGCACCAAGUUCCUUUUCAUGGGCGACAGGUCCGCCGUCUUUGACUCCGCCCCGCAGAUGGAGUCGGACGUGCAGGCCACCAACGCCUUCGACUCAGGCACGGGCGCUAUCGAGAACGUCGGGAAGCGCCAGGUCUGGAAGCGAGGGGACAGGACGCAUAUCAAGCACAUCGGCAUCCUCGCUGUCCCUGAUGCUCCGGAUGAGCCGAUUACGCCUGCCGGGGGCUGGACCAAGCUCCGCAAGUACUUGCGCGCCAUCCGAGGCCGUUUCUGGGCCUCGAAUAUCGACCUGCACCCCUUCUUCAGCGCGGUGCUCACGGCCAUUGAUCGCAUCACCACCUGGGACCUCCGCUGGAGUACAUUCCUCGAGGUGAAUUUCACGACGUUCUUCGAUGCCAUAGGCUUCGAGUUCCUGCAGCACGACCCAGAGCGCGGAGUGCAGUUCCGACGCUCGGUGGAAGAGCCUGAUGUCCGAGUUCGCCGAUUGUGCGGGCGCAGACGCAUCUUCUGGAGCGACGAAGAGAUGGUGCCGCACCUCCUUCGCCAAGUAUGCCGGGCGAGAGCUCUUGCCCACGCAUCCGCGUCUCGCCACGACUCGGAGGGGGUCGACCAGAUCGACCUUGAAGCCUCCUCGGCACGAGCGUGGUCCACUUUCGGGGGCUCGCUGACCCUGGAGGACAGGAUCCACUUGAAGAUCUUUCGCUGCGGAGCGACACACAGCCCGACGAGAAGAUGGAGCACCACCACGCCCGAUCUUACGGCGGCCUGCCCGUCCCGCGGGGGUCCCCAUCGACUGAGUGCGCGCCACUACGUGGCCGAGUGCGCCGCCCUGGCGGGUUUCCGGCAGGAGCUGAUCGACGCGUACCACAUCCCACCUGGCUGGUGGGCACGCCAGCCGCGGGCGACGCUGAAGACGGGAUGGAUCACUUUCCCGGCUUACGCGCCCGCGGCCCGCAGAGCGGAGCUCCAGGUGGCCGUCUGCCGCAUGGGGCUCGUUGCCAUGGCGGAGAUGGCAGAGGAUUGCGAGGCGUUGAAGAGAGCCUAG